GCGACUUGCGACUUGCUGCCACCCCAGGCCGCCAGGUGGUAUUAGAUACCUGUCAAUACGCAUACGGGCACCCGGCCCCAUCCGACGCCUAACCCUUUUGCGUGCAUUCCGCGCUUAGCCCUUUUCAGAAUCUUCCACACCAAACGAAACGGGGAACAACUUCUUCCAACCUUCAUUCAACCUCUGCCUUUCCUCCUCGCUUUUCUCCCGCCCAUUCCUCCUCGCCCUCCACUCCUCCCCAUCCACCACUUCCAUCAUGUUCAAGAGCGGUGUUGCCCGGACCUUCGCCAGGUCUGCUGCCUUCGCGCGGCCUUCCACCUCCCUCCCAACCUCCAGACUCGCACAACCCUUCAAGAACCCGGCCCUGCGCUCCCUGGCGGCUAGAUAUGCGUCCACCAGCGCCGCUCAGCCUGGCAAGAUCCAUCAGGUCAUUGGUGCCGUUGUCGACGUAAAAUUCGAUGGUGAACAACUUCCUUCCAUUCUCAAUGCUUUGGAGACUACCAAUGGCGGCCAAAAGCUCGUCCUCGAGGUUGCGCAACAUUUGGGUGAAAAUGUUGUCCGAACAAUUGCUAUGGACGGUACCGAGGGUCUCGUCCGUGGUGCCACUGUCACCGAUACUGGUGCUCCCAUUAUGAUUCCCGUCGGCCCGGGCACCCUUGGCCGUAUCAUGAACGUCACUGGUGAUCCCAUUGACGAGAGAGGACCCAUCAAGGGCACCAAGAUGGCCCCCAUUCACGCUGAAGCCCCAGCCUACGUUGAGCAGGCCACCUCCGCUGAGAUUCUCGUCACCGGUAUUAAGGUCGUCGAUCUCCUCGCUCCUUACGCUCGUGGUGGAAAGAUUGGUCUCUUCGGAGGUGCCGGUGUCGGAAAGACUGUCUUCAUUCAGGAGUUGAUUAACAACAUUGCCAAAGCCCACGGUGGUUACUCCGUUUUCACUGGUGUCGGCGAGCGGACCCGUGAAGGAAACGAUUUGUACCACGAGAUGCAGGAAACCCGUGUUAUCCAGCUCGAUGGCGAGUCCAAGGUCGCACUCGUCUUCGGUCAGAUGAACGAGCCCCCCGGAGCCCGUGCCCGUGUUGCCCUCACUGGCCUGACCAUUGCUGAAUAUUUCCGUGACGAGGAAGGUCAAGACGUGCUUCUCUUUAUCGACAACAUUUUCCGCUUCACCCAGGCCGGUUCCGAAGUGUCCGCCCUGCUUGGUCGUAUUCCCUCCGCCGUCGGUUACCAACCCACUCUCGCCGUCGACAUGGGUGGUAUGCAGGAACGUAUCACAACCACCACCAAGGGCUCCAUUACCUCCGUGCAAGCCGUCUACGUGCCCGCUGACGACUUGACUGACCCUGCCCCUGCCACCACCUUCGCCCAUCUUGACGCCACCACUGUCUUGUCCCGUGGCAUUUCCGAACUGGGUAUCUACCCAGCCGUCGACCCUCUCGACUCCAAGUCCCGCAUGUUGGACCCACGUAUCGUCGGUGAUGAGCACUACGCCGUCGCCACCCGCGUGCAGCAGAUGUUGCAGGAGUACAAGUCGCUGCAGGACAUCAUUGCCAUUCUUGGUAUGGACGAGUUGUCUGAGGCUGACAAGCUGACUGUCGAGCGUGCCCGUAAGCUGCAGAGAUUCCUCUCGCAGCCAUUCACUGUCGCCCAGGUGUUCACGGGUAUUGAGGGUGCCCUUGUUGACCUGAAGGAUACCAUCCGUUCGUUCAAAGCUAUCAUCAACGGAGAGGGUGAUGACCUUCCUGAGGCCGCCUUCUACAUGGUUGGUGACUUUGAGUCCGCGCGCGCGAAGGGAGAGAAGAUCCUGGCUGAGCUUGAGAAAUCAUAGAUUUGUGUAUUGUGAUGUGAUAUAAUAUUUAAAAUUUUUUCUUGUCUUUUCUUUUCUUUUCCCAUCCUCCUACUUCCGCUUCCUGCUUUUUCUAGCUUCUGGUAAAUUUUUUUGUUCUCACUUUUGUUUCUAUUUUUUUUAGAUGUGUGUGCGUGUGUAGAUUAGGAAAAGAAAAGAAACCAAAAGGAAAAAGUGGAUAAAAGAAAAAGAGAUGAAGCAGAGAGCAUCAUCAUCCAUCCUCUUUGUCAUAAUGACAAUGUCAAACAUUAAAACUUUGCGAGUACAUGUCAACUCAAUAUUUUGAUAUUUUUUUCCAUCUUUCUUUUUUGUCCUUUUCUGUUUCUCAAUAUUUUCGCUCUCAUCUCAUUUCUGAGCUGACUACCUCCUUUGUUUUUUUCUACUUUUCCUUUGCAUGUAUAUACCUCUGUGUCUUGUGAGGCUACUGAAAGGUUUUUUUUCUUUUUUUUUUUUUUUCCAUAUCAUAAAAAUGUUUGUGUGGACCACAAUAAGGAAUUGAGGAGAAAGAGAGAUGAAUAAGAGAGAGAAAUAUAUUCAAAAUGAUUGAGAGAAGAGUUAUUAGAUGAUGAGGCGAAGAAGAGAAGAAAAAAGAAUGUGAUAAUAUUUAAUAUUAAAGUGUAAUCAUUCUUGUGAACUUUUUUCUUUCUUUCCUUUCCCUUUUUAGAAGUGUGUAC